CUGCCUCUUCAUUCGACACUUGCAGCGUAAGCUUUUGAUGUCUUCUUCCUCCGCUGCCGCCUGCUCUGAGAGUUUCACUGGUAAAACAUGGAGGUGACAGCAGCCCGCCGGUCGUUUCUGUGCGAUAUCGGUUUCUGGGCAGACCGGACUGCCCUGCAUGAAGCAGCUUCCCACGGCAGGACCCUGCAGCUGAAACAGCUGAUAGAAAGUGGAGCAUCGGUCAACAUGGUGACGGUGGACAACAUCACUCCGCUCCAUGAAGCCUGCAUAAAGGCUCAUCCCAACUGUGCCCGGCUGCUGCUGGAGGCUGGAGCCCAGGUGGAUGUACGGACCAUUCAUGGGAGCACACCUUUGUGUCACGCGUGUGCCUCUGGCAGCCUGGAGUGUGCCAAGCUGCUUCUGGAGUACGGAGCCAAUGUUAACCCUUCCCUCACUGCUCUCACGGCCUCGCCGCUCCACGAGGCCUGCAUACAAGGUAAUGUCGAAGUAGUGAGGUUGAUGAUAGCCAGCGGUGCCCAGCUGGAGGCUAAUGAUGUCCACUUUGGUCCACCACUCCACAUCGCAUGUGCCAAAGGACACAUGGACUGUGUCAAGGAGCUGCUCAAUGCAGGUGCCAAGGUGAACUCAGUUCGAUUCCAUGAGAUAGCUCUGCACCACGCAGCACGAGUCGACAUGGAGGACAUGGUCGAGCUGUUGAUGGAGUUUGGAGCCAACGCGUAUGCCAGCGACAACCUGGGGAAAAAGCCUGUAGACUACACAGCACCUGGGUCUACCACCUACACCUGCCUCAUGUUUUAUGAAAGUAAUCCUCUGAGCCUGCAGCAGCUUUGUAGAAUCACUGUGAGGACGAUGCUCGGUACCAGAGCCUCAGAGGUCAUAGGUCACCUGGACGUAUCCCACCGCAUCCUCAACUACCUGCAGUACUGUGAUCAUCCUGCAUCACUACAGAGUGACGCAUGAACGGAUGAAGCCUGAAUGUGAGACUGGUCAUCCUCAAAAAGAAGCAUCACGGACAAUAUUUGCUUAUAAUUCUUAAUAUAUUAGGUUAUUCAUUAUAUUUUUUAAUGUAUGACAUGCGAAUUAGGAAUUGUGUUGUCAUUGCUGCUUUAAUAUUGUUGUAUUGUAAAAUAAUGUUAUGUAUUAUAUAGCAUUAUAUAUCCUGACAUAGAAUAAAGAUUCAU